UCUUUACUAGCGCUAAUGGGAGAGAAUAUCAAGUAAUAAAAAAGUGUUGCCUUACAGGCUGUAGUUGUUCACCUUACUUGGAGUCGGAGAGUUGAAAAUUGGAACCGGAAAACCGCUUCGUGCUAAAUUAUUCCCUUCAAAUCACCACCAUAAGCUCAAAACCAAAGAAAUUCAACCCAAAAUCCUUCUCUUCUCUCUUUCAUUUCUUCUAACCGAUAAUAAUAAUAAUAAUAAAAACUUAUAAAAUGAGCGUGAUUGACAUAUUAACUCGAGUAGACGCGAUCUGCAACAAAUACGACAAAUACGACAUUGAAAAGCAAAAAGAUCUCAAUGUCUCCGGCGACGAUGCCUUUGCUCGCCUCUACGCCGCCAUUGAUUCUGACAUUGAAGCCGCUCUCCAGAAAGCCGAGCUUGCUUCCAAGGAGAAAAGUAAGGCCUCUGCUGUUGCUAUAAACGCAGAGCUUCGUAGAACUAAGGCUAGAUUGCUUGAGGAAGUCCCUAAACUGCAGAGAUUAGCUGUAAAGAAGGUUAAAGGACUUUCUACAGAAGAACUUGCUGCACGAAAUGAUUUGGUCCUUGCAUUGCCAGAUAGGAUUCAAGCUAUACCAGAUGGAACUGCAGCUGCGCCCAAACAAACUGGAGGUUGGGGGACUUCAGCUCCCCGUGCUGAAAUCAAAUUUGAUUCAGAUGGGCAGUUUGAUAAUGAAUACUUUCAAGAAACUGAGACGUCUAGUCAAUUCAGGCAGGAGUAUGAAAUGCGUAAAAUGAAGCAGGAUCAAGGGUUGGAUAUGAUUUCAGAUGGUUUGGACACGCUGAAGAAUAUGGCUCAUGACAUGAAUGAGGAGAUUGACAGACAAGUUCCUUUGAUGGAUGAAAUUGACACUAAGGUGGACAAGGCGGCUGCUGACCUUAAGAAUACCAAUGUUAGACUUAAAGACACUGUUAACCAGUUGAGAUCUAGUCGGAAUUUCUGUAUUGAUAUUGUUUUGUUGAUCAUAAUCCUCGGAAUAGCUGCCUACUUGUACAAUGUGCUGAAGAAGUGAAGAAAAUGAAGAUUCUACCCAAUCUAUUUCCAUGGUACGGCAGUGAUGGCUUUUUUCUGGUAUAAUCUUGUAUUUGAGGACUUCAAUGGCGCUUGUGUUUUCAUUUGAUUUGUUACCGUGCUGGGAGUAACUUCUCACGCUUGAAAAUGUAUGUUUGUCAUUCAUAUACUUUUAUCAUAUCUUAAUAUCUUGCAAUUUGUUUCUCUCA